UGUGCUAGAGCGAUAGUUUGCUGUCAACUUUUUGGAGAUGUUGCUGAGUUCAUACCAGGAGACCCCGCGAAAGACUGGGGUGCCUAGAGAUGUCCUGCGGUGGUUGCAGAGCCUGGACCUGAGCUUAUACCCCAAAAACGUCCGCAGAGACUUCUCAAAUGGAUACAUAGCAGCAGAAAUAUUCUCCUGGUACUUCCCAAAAGACAUCCAGCUGCACUCAUAUGAGAAUGGAACAUCUAUAGCUAACAAACUAAGCAACUGGUCCCAGUUAGAGAAGUUUUUUCACAAAAGAAAUUUGAAUGUUUCCAAGGAAUUAAUUGAUGGGACUAUACACUGCAAAGCUGGAGCAGCAGAGCUUUUACUGCAAGAUAUUUAUGUAAUGUUAACAAAUAGACGUAUUAAAACUGUACAAGAUAAUGUGGUGGACUUUACUGACCGAUACUAUCAAGAGAAGUUACCUAUGGUUGCUCGAUCCACAGCAACAAAAUCAGUGAAAAACAACAUUACUCUGUCAGAAUUACUUAUGGAACCUGAUAUCCUAAUAAACAGAAAAAAGGCUCAUGCUGUGCUGGAUUUACAUCUUCAACAGAGGCUGCAGGAAAGAAUUGAUGACCUACAAAGAUUUGAUCUGAAACCAUCAUUAGGUGAGCUUGCUGUUCGCCUUCCACCAGAAGCCAAGAAAAACGAGGAAAGUCUCUCAAAAGGAUCAUCUGCUUCCUCUCGUUCAAAUGUGUCUGAGGUCAGAAGCAAAACCAGUGUACAGUUUAAGGAAAUCAGUGUAAAGCAAAAUGAACGUUGCUAUGUGACAUCCAGCAUAGAUUCUUUCUCAUCUUCUUCUGCUUAGCUCGCUUUGAGAGAAAACUGAAGGAGAAGUAAUUCAUACCCAUUUUCAAGACUUUUUUGUGAUUAAAUUGUUAAUUUAUUAUCACAAAUAAAUUAUGUGUACCAAGAA